CGUACCUCUAGUAUAAAUGAAGAAGUCUCGGGCGUGACUCGAUUUAAUUUCUUUGCAUCUUCUUUCUGUCCUUUUUUCUCUUGACUAUAGUUCUUGAGAAGGUUUCUUUAGCUCUUCCUAUCUUGAUUCUCUCCGCUGUGGGCGAAGUUGUUUCUUCUCCACGGUGUAAUUGCUUAGAUCUUACUACACUACUCUUUUUUUAAAUGGUUUUUUGAAGUGAAUCGGAAAGAAGUUCAGAGAAUCAAAUAAACGCUUUCUACGAAGAUGGCAGGAGCUGUUGGGCCUCGUGCUUCGAAGGAGGAAUUCAUGCAUGCUCUAGGCCUUGAUGCUAAUAAUCCUCAACAUGAGUACUACUACAAAGCUAUGAGGGAUGAGGCUAUUGUGGUGUACAAUCACAUGAAUCGCGAUACCUCAGACCUGCUCGACAGUCUUCGCAACGACCCCUCGACGCGACCGCCCUUCUUCUGGCAUCACAUCCGACCUGAACGACAGCGAUGGGGCAUCAUUGAAAUCUGGAGGAAUGCGGGACCGGUGACACGUCCGCUCUUCGAUCGCGGUGCCACAAAUGGCGAGUACGGCCCAAACUGGGUGACCGGGUGGUUGUUGUACAGUGUGUUCCGCUCGAGAGACGUUCGCAACAACCGUAACCGGCGUCGAGGCGAUGACAGUAGCUCAGGUGCUCAGGGAUCCGCAAAAAACGCCGCAAAGACAACAACAGCAGGAAACGUGCAACAGGUCAAAAAGGGAUAUUAUGAUCCUGUCAGAAACGGCACUCACUGACAGAACGGAUGGGCGCUUCUGGACAACUAGGCAAUAAUGGC